AUGAGCACCAUGCGGCUGCUGCUGCUCGCCCUACUCUUCUCCUCCUCCUUCGCCCGCGCCGGCUGCGACCCCAAGAUCGUCAACAUCGGCGCGGUGCUGAGCACCAAGAAGCACGAGCAGAUCUUCCGCGAGGCGGUGAACCAGGCCAACAAGCGGCACGGCACCUGGAAGCUGCAGCUCAACGCCACCUCGGUCACGCACAAGCCCAACGCCAUCCAGAUGGCCCUCUCCGUCUGCGAGGACCUCAUCUCCAGCCAGGUCUAUGCAAUAUUAGUUAGUCACCCUCCUGCUCCCAACGAUCACCUAACACCAACACCCGUAUCAUACACAGCUGGCUUCUACAGGAUCCCUGUCAUUGGUCUGACAACACGCAUGUCUAUAUAUUCUGAUAAGAGCAUCCACCUGUCCUUUUUGCGCACGGUCCCACCAUACUCUCACCAGGCCAACGUCUGGUUUGAGAUGAUGAGAGUCUUCAACUGGAAUCACGUCAUUCUGAUAGUCAGCGACGACCACGAAGGUCGUGCUGCACAAAAGAAGCUGGAGACCCUCUUGGAGGAGAGAGAGUCCAAGAGUAAAAAAAGGAACUAUGAAAACCUCGACCAACUUUCCUAUGACAACAAGCGAGGACCCAAGGCUGAGAAAGUGCUUCAGUUUGACCCCGGGACCAAAAAUGUGACGUCGCUGCUGCUGGAGGCUAAGGAGCUGGAGGCUCGUGUCAUCAUCCUCUCUGCCAGCGAGGAUGAUGCGGCCACGGUGUACAGAUCAGCAGCCAUGCUCAAUAUGACGGGCUCCGGCUACGUGUGGCUGGUGGGAGAACGGGAGAUCUCGGGCAAUGCCCUGCGCUAUGCCCCUGAUGGAGUCAUCGGUUUGCAGCUCAUCAACGGGAAGAAUGAAUCAGCCCACAUCAGUGACGCUGUUGCAGUGGUGGCCCAGGCUGUGCACGACCUGUUUGAAAAGGAGAACAUCACCGACCCACCGCGGGGCUGCGUGGGCAACACCAACAUUUGGAAAACAGGGCCCCUUUUCAAGAGGGUGUUGAUGUCCUCCAAGUACUCAGAGGGCGUCACUGGCCGGGUAGAAUUCAAUGAGGAUGGGGACAGGAAGUUUGCCAACUACAGCAUCAUGAACCUGCAGAACCGCAAACUGGUCCAGGUUGGGAUUUACAACGGCAGCCACGUCUUGACCAAUGACCGGAAGAUUAUCUGGCCAGGGGGAGAAACUGAGAAACCUCAAGGCUAUCAGAUGUCGACCAAAUUGAAGAUUGUGACGAUCCACCAAGAGCCCUUUGUGUAUGUGAAGCCCACGCAAGCAGAUGGGACGUGCAGGGAGGAGUUCACCAUCAACGGUGACCCUGUCAAAAAGGUCUUCUGCACAGGGCCCAACGAGACCAUCCCAGGCCGCCCCACCGUGGCACUGUGUUGUUACGGCUUCUGCAUUGACCUGCUCAUCCGCCUGGCGGGGGUGAUGAACUUCACCUAUGAGGUUCACCUGGUGGCUGAUGGUAAAUUUGGUACCCAAGAGCGGGUGAACAACAGCAACAAGAAGGAGUGGAACGGGAUGAUGGGCGAGCUGUUGAGCGGGCAGGCGGACAUGAUUGUGGCUCCCCUCACCAUCAACAACGAGCGGGCACAGUACAUCGAGUUCUCCAAGCCCUUCAAGUACCAGGGUCUGACCAUCCUCGUGAAGAAGGAAAUCCCCCGCAGCACUCUGGACUCAUUCAUGCAGCCCUUCCAGAGCACACUUUGGCUGCUGGUGGGGCUGUCUGUGCACGUGGUGGCGGUGAUGUUGUACCUCUUAGACCGAUUCAGCCCAUUUGGCCGCUUCAAAGUGAACAGCGAGGAGGAGGAGGAAGAUGCCCUAACACUCUCCUCGGCCAUGUGGUUCUCCUGGGGAGUCCUACUGAACUCUGGCAUCGGAGAAGGUGCUCCCCGGAGUUUCUCUGCCCGUAUUCUUGGCAUGGUGUGGGCUGGCUUUGCUAUGAUUAUUGUGGCUUCCUACACUGCCAACCUGGCUGCUUUCCUGGUGUUGGACCGACCUGAGGAGAGAAUUACAGGCAUCAACGACCCCCGGCUGCGCAACCCCUCCGAUAAGUUCAUUUAUGCCACGGUGAAGCAGAGCUCGGUGGACAUCUACUUCCGACGGCAGGUGGAGCUGAGCACCAUGUACCGGCACAUGGAGAAGCACAAUUACGAGAGCGCUGCCGAAGCCAUCCAGGCUGUGCGGGACAACAAGCUCCAUGCCUUCAUCUGGGACUCGGCGGUGCUGGAGUUCGAAGCCUCCCAGAAGUGCGACCUGGUGACGACAGGGGAGCUUUUCUUCCGCUCCGGCUUUGGGAUUGGGAUGCGCAAGGACAGCCCGUGGAAGCAGAAUGUCUCCCUGGCCAUCCUCAAGUCCCAUGAGAACGGCUUCAUGGAGGAUUUGGACAAGACUUGGGUGAGGUAUCAGGAGUGUGAUUCCCGUAGCAAUGCCCCAGCAACACUCACCUUUGAAAAUAUGGCAGGUGUGUUUAUGCUGGUGGCUGGAGGUAUUGUUGCCGGGAUAUUUUUAAUAUUCAUAGAAAUAGCUUACAAAAGGCAUAAGGACGCGCGGAGGAAGCAGAUGCAGCUGGCGUUUGCGGCCGUUAAUGUGUGGAGGAAAAACCUGCAGAGAGAACUGAGAAGGAGGAGCAAAUGUAUCCCCGAGCAUGCUCUACGCACCAGCGGGAUACAUUUUGGUUACCCCCGUGCGGUAGCAGAGCCAGACCUGGUCACUCCGUCCCCCGUCGGCAAGGUCACACUCAUUGGCACGAAAGCAAUUGGGGAGGAAUCGUUGUCAGCGCCCGCCGCCGAGCGCGGCCGGUCCCCACGGCUCGCUGCCCCCGCACCGUGGCGGCUGGUGCUCCCAGCCUGCGCCAACCAGGAUAGAAAAAGUGGUAGAGCAGAACCUGACCCUAAAAAGAAAGCCACUUUUAGGUCCAUCACCUCCACCCUGGCCUCCAGCUUCAAGAGACGUAGGUCCUCCAAGGAUACGCAAUACCAUCCCACCGACAUCACCGGCCAGCUCAACCUCUCCGACCCCUCCGUCAGCACUGUGGUGUGACCUGCUCCCCGGGGGCCAUCAGCCCUUGCCCGACACAGUGGAAAGGCACAGCCAGGACUGCCUGUCAAGGGACACUGAUGGGUUCUUCUGGGUGAGACGGGAGGAAAGCAUCCUUCAUCCAUACACAGUGACUUCAUUGUAUAUCUCCCUCCCUCCCUAGGCCUGCUGCCAUACUCACGCCCCAAAAUGCACGGCAGAACCAGGACAGGGUUUGGACUUCUCUGUACAGAGAUAAUCGUUUCCAACCAGUGCUGUUGUUGAUCAGUAUUGCCACUGGCCAGCUACGUGCAAGGGGAAAGGACUUCAAAGGCACAUGGUGCCUGCUCUCCCAUGGUAGCAGGGAAAAGCUGGUGCCAGACUGCAAACCCGUGCUUCACCUCACUGGCUGAGUGUUCUCUGCAGGUGCAUAGCUCUCGGAGCACCCAGAGCUGUGCUGGUGGAGCAGCCCAUGUAGUUCGGCAGCCCAGGGACGUGCUUCUGCCGUGCCAUGCUCCACCACCACCACAGCAGGGCUGGGAGACGUGCGCUGUGCUCCUAGCCAAGGGAUGAGCCCCCCAGUCCUCCCCUCCAUCAGCCCCUGCUCAAAGCCUAUGGUACAACUGAACGUGGUGCUCUGGAGCUCACAGCACGCUGCCAUACAAGAUCCUGGCUCCCCACAUCUCUGCACACCAGCCAUCCCCACGGCCUGGCCACAGCCAGCACGUAGCUCCCACACUACAGCCAUCCUGGCCAGGAGACACGGCAAAACAGGUCCUGGCUCGGGAGGAGGUGACCAAACAAGACUGCCUGGAGCCCUCCUCCUGUGGGCACUGUGCCCACGUGCCAGCCCCCCAAUCUCCCUCCAGGCAGGCACCAAGAGUGGCUGUGGACACCCCAGAGCUGGGGAGCAGAAAUCCCACCUGCGAUUUGGUACCAAGCCCCAGCGUCGAGAACCACCUUCUCCUUGCUGCAGCCAAGCAGAUGGGGCAGAUGGGGCCAGCAGGAUUUUUGGAGGGCAGCUGGGGUCUGUGAGCAUCGUCCCACUGGCUGCAGUGGUUCCAUCAAGUUCAUCUUGCUCCAGCUGAGAAAUUGAGUUCAUUCGACUUUAUACGUCAGUGUAACAUUAAUACCAAGUUUUUGCAAGAGCUCAGUAAAGUCUAGACUGGAUCACG